AUGGCGAGUAGUUUCUGCGUACCGGAGGAGCUCCUCCUCAAGAUCCUGUCUUACAAUCUCGUCUUGUCGGACGACGCCUUCACGGGACACGCCUUCACCGACUUUGGCGCCGGCGCGGCCGAUAUCCACUGUGCGUAUCUCGCCGUAUCGUAUCCGCUCGCAGACAUCACCCGCCGCUCGAGCCCGACGGCCCAGCUGCUCGUUUGCCGACGCUGGGCGCGCGUCGGCACGCCGCUGCUGUACGAGGCCGCGGUGCUGCGCACGCACGCGCAGCUGCACGCGUUCGCCCGCGCGCUGCACGGCGCCGCGCCGGGGCCCCCCGGCACGUUCGUACACCGGCUCCGCUUCGGUGCGUCCUGCGGCGCGUUCCUCGACCGCGUCGUGCCGCACACGCCGCGCGUACACACGCUCGCGUUCUCGCUCAACGCGCCCGUCGAGAGGGGCUUCCACUCGUUUCCGUACCCGAGCGCCGGCCUCCGCGCCGCGCUGGCGCAGCUGCACCCCCGCCGGCUGCUGCUCGAGCGCGAGGGUUUCUUGCCCAGCAAGCGUGUGGAGGAGAUGAUGUGUGUUAUCCGUGGCGCGCUCGUCCACUGGGACUCGCUCGUUCGUCGUCCUUUGCGUCUGCAGCGAGACUUCAGCAACCACUUCACAAUGGACCAGGAGUUGGCUAUCGCAAUGUCCCACAGUCAGUCGUUGCAAUACGUCUCUAUGUUCGAUGAUCGUAUCGCGCGAGACUUGGGAGAAACCGUCCGGCCGAGCUGUCUCGCCGUCGUUGCUCAGAAUCCGAAGCUAAAGGCCAUUCUGUGCCGCGGAGACGAACUGAAAAAGGAAGCGAAGGAGACAUACCCUAGACGCGCUGCGAACCUGUUGGUGCAUGACCCUGCACAAUCGCCGAGUUCCCUUGGUAUCCCACAAAAUUAG